UUUGCAAAACAAGCCGUGGAAGAUGGCGACGCCCGGAGGGACGGACAGAGCUUCCCACAGUCUGGACAAGAGCAUAACCCUCCCUCCAGACGAAAUAUUCCGCAAUUUAGAGAAUGCCAAGAGGUUCGCUAUAGAUAUAGGUGGUUCUUUGACAAAGCUCGCCUAUUACUCCACUGUUCAGCACAAAGUAGCCAAAGUCAGGUCGUUUGAUCACACAGCGAAGGGAGGCAUUCAGCACGACUCAGAUGGAGAGCCGCUGUAUGAGAUAUCAGUACAGGAGGAGAUCACCGCUCGUCUUCAUUUCAUCAAAUUCGAGAAUACAUAUAUAGAAACGUGUCUGGAUUUCAUUAAAGACCAUCUAGUUAACACAGAAACCAAAGUCAUCAAGGCCACUGGAGGUGGGGCUUACAAGUUCAAAGAUCUGAUUGAGAAAAAGUUAAAACUCAAAGUGGACAAAGAGGAUGAGAUGACCUGUCUGAUCAAAGGCUGUAAUUUUGUGCUGAGGAACAUCCCCCAUGAAGCUUUCGUUUAUGCUAAGCAUGCCGACUCUGAAUUCCGUUUCCAGAAUACACACCCAGACAUCUUCCCUUAUCUCCUUGUUAACAUUGGCUCUGGAGUUUCUAUUGUGAAGGUUGAAUCAGAGGACAAAUAUGAGCGCAUUGGUGGGAGUUCUAUUGGCGGUGGUACCUUUUGGGGUCUUGGAGCUUUGCUCACGAAGACUAAGAGAUUUGAUGAGCUUUUGCAGUUGGCCUCCAAGGGGCAGCAUACCAAUGUGGACAUGCUGGUGAAGGACAUCUACGGGGGUGCAUACGGCUCUUUAGGGUUAACGGGAGACCUCAUAGCAAGCAGCUUCGGCAAAUCGGCCACCGCAGACAAAGAGUUCUCCAAAGAAGACAUGGCCAAGAGCCUGCUGCACAUGAUCAGUAAUGAUAUUGGGCAGCUGGCCUGCCUGUACGCCAAACUGCAUAAUCUGACCAGAGUGUACUUUGGAGGAUUCUUCAUCCGUGGACACCCAGUCACCAUGCACACCAUCACCUACAGCAUCAACUUCUUCACCAAGGGAGAAGUGCAGGCGUUGUUUUUAAGACAUGAAGGCUAUUUAGGGGCCAUUGGGGCUUUUCUGAAAGGAGCAGAAGAAGACAAUCCGAACCAGUACAGCUGGGGUGAGAACUACGCUGGCAGCUCAGGGCUGAUGAGCGUCUCCCCGGAUCUGAACCCCAUGCAGCGAGCUCGCAGCGGCACAUUCCUUUUUGAUAUGCUGGAGAUGGACCGUCUGGAGAGGCAGCUGGUGAAUCUGCCCCUCCUGCAGGACCCCUCCUCCUACAUCCCUGACACGGUGGACCUGACAGAGGAUGCACUGGCCAGAGAGUACUGGCUCUACUGUUUUGAGGAAGCACUGGACGGGGUGGUGAAGCGAGCAGUGGCCAGCCAAAAAGACCAGCCCGAGGCAGCCGAGAGGGCAGAGAAGUUCCGGCAGAAGUACCGACACAAGCUGCAGACACUCCGCCACCAGCCUUUUGCUUACGGAUCCCUCACUGUUCGAAGUCUGCUGGACACAAGAGAACACUGUCUGAACGAGUUUAACUUCCCUGACCCCUAUUCUAAGAUAAAGCAGCGGGAGAACGACAUGGCGCUGAAAUAUUACCAGAAGGUGGUGAAGUCUCUGGAGGAGCUGAGCUGGGAUCAGAGGCAGUUCGCUCUGGUUAGAGGCCUUCUAGCUGGCAACGUGUUUGACUGGGGGGCCAAAGCUGUGUCUGAUGUUCUCGAGUCAGAUCCAGAGUUUGGAUUUGAAGAGGCAAAACACCAGUUACAAGAGCGACCUUGGCUUGUGGAUGCCUACAGCCAGUGGAUUGAAAGGCUGAAGGGUCCUCCUCAUAAAUGUGCGUUGUUUUUCGUAGAUAAUAGUGGAAUGGACAUAAUUCUGGGAGUUUUCCCUUUUGUAAGAGAACUCCUCAUCAGAGGCACGGAGGUUGUUCUCGCUAGCAACUCGGGCCCUGCUCUGAACGAUGUGACGAACAGUGAGCUGCUGAUAGUCACUGAGAGAAUAGCUGCUAUGGAUCCUGUCAUCCAGGCUGCAGUAAAAGACGACAGGUUAACGUUAGUUCAGAGUGGAUCAAGUUCACCCUGUUUAGACUUGAGUCGACUGGACAAAGUCCUUGCUACGGUGGUGCGUGAGCGUGGCACGGAUUUGGUGAUUAUAGAGGGCAUGGGCCGCGCCAUCCACACCAACUACUACGCCAUGCUGAGCUGCGAAAGCCUCAAACUGGCCGUCAUCAAAAACUCCUGGCUGGCCGAGCGGCUUGGAGGCAAGAUCUUCAGCGUGGUCUUCAAGUACGAGGUUCCUUCCAAAACCCAGGGGCAACAUUAAAGCAACGUUUUUUUUUUUCCCCCAUCUCAAUUGGGAGGUUACCAUGGUGAGCACUAGCAGGCCUCCUAGAGCCCCCCAGUCACUUCUGUGCCUCUGUGCCACUUCUUGAGAUUGACGUGAUGAUUGUAUACGCGACGGAAUUGGUUUUUCAAUCAAAAUCAAUAAUAAGUGAGCCACAGCCAUCACAAGUAGGUGCGUUCCUGCUUUGAAAUUGAAUGUGCUUCUGAAAUGACCACUGUUAUUUUGUUUGGAUGGCUUUUUUUUUUUUUCUUUUUUCGUGAUGAGAUUGAAUUCAAUUGUCCUCCAGUCAGAUUCCGUCGCCUAGAGGCACCCCGCGGGAUUCGGAAUAGAGCGAAAUAACUCUGGGAAGGUGAGAUUUCAAUUCAGCCCGUGUGCUGUGGCCUUAGUAACGCCCACCCAUGUUAAGCAAACGAUCAAUAUAAAAACAAUAGAAAGACAACCGAAGCACUGAUGAAAACAUAAAAUAUUAACAGGACAUCUCUUUGGAGUUCUGUGCAGCUUUCUUCACGUAAUGUCGCACAUUCAGACUCAUUUGCGCUCGGAUUCGCUUCAAAUAAUUAGCUCACAGCUGCUCUCUGAAUUCAGCCGUAUCACCUCAAUUGAACUUGGUUUUAAGUCAUUUUAGCUGACAUGGUGCUUCGAAGCUAACCUCCCAUCUCUGUCAGACAGUUUGAGGUGAACACUUUAAGUGGCAUUGAGAUGCUGAGCUCUUUUGUGGGUUAACCAUGAUUUUGAUGGGUAAAACUUAACGUAAUGUAUAUGUGCCUUGACCCUCAGUCAGCGUGGUGACCAGUGAGGGUGGUGUGCCAGGAAAUUUUGCAUGAAAUAGUAUUCAAGUUACACACUGUACUACACUUUCUUUCUCUCACUGCCAUUUGGAAAUGCUGCCGAAGUGAUGAAUGCAAGAUUUCGGUCCGUGCUGGGGUAAAUUUAAAGGGCCCAUAUCAUAGAAAAGCAAAUUUCUCUCCCUUUUUUUUUAAAUAACAUGAAGUAAUAAGUAAAGAUUGUUAAAGUUUUGAAAUGUUCCACUCACUUUGCAGUCCAUACUGUCCAUAUAUGGAAAAGCAGCCUGUUUGUAGUUCAUUUUUUCUGUGAUGUCACAAGAACUCAUAUAUAUAUAUAUAUA